GCUAUGCCACACGUUGUAGAAUCUCAUGCCCAUCGCCAGGUGCGUUCGACGUUGACAGACUUGGCACGGGAAAUUAAUGGCCUUCCACUUGACAAAUUCGAACUGCAGCAACUAGAAAGUCUCAAUAUUCAUAUUGAUCCUCUAACACCAGACGCGACAUCGGCACACAAACCAGCUUACUUCGCGUCUUAUCCAGAUCAUUGCGUUCCAGAACCCAAAAUCGAUGAUGUUGGGGGAGCCUAUAAUGGUCUCGAUGAUGAAACAGAACGUUCUUUAACCCGUCCCGCCGAUCGCGCCUACGUGAUGAACAUACACCUUUCGUCUUACAUUUCCUACUACGAUCUAAAUGCCAAAGAGGAGAGGGUGCCGUGGAUUUCAAGAUGUGUUGGAGAUUCCGCAUUCGAAAACUCCGGCUUGUAUAAACACGACCAGCCCGAGUUCGGUUGCUAUCAUAUCGCAGAGCUGAACGACCCUGCCUACCCGCAUAUCAAGGCGGUCAUGUACAACAACAUGGUCGCUACAGAUUCCACAAUUCUCUAUGGCGAGUUGAUAUCUAUCCUCCGGAUUAUGCUGACACAGCUUCGGAGGCAAAAAUUUAUCCAUCAAAUGGUCACACCGGUGUUCAUAAUAUCUCUCAUGGGAUUCCAAGCCCGAGUGAUGGAAGCGUUCUUCCGGGAUGGCAAAAUGGUCCUACGCCCGACCAAGCUCUAUGAUUUCAGUCACGGUAACCACAAUGCUUUCAAAAUACUUGCGCAGUGGUAUAUAGGCAAGCCUAUUGGGAUAACCACCCUGGCUUCCUGAUCGUCUGGCCCUCUUUUUCCCCAUUUCAUUUCCGAGGAUCUCGUUCAAGUUGGUUAGGGCAUGGCGUCUAUUGCUCUUGUUAUCCAGUCGACUGUUUUUGAUAUCAUGCUGCGAUGGAAUUUAGCCUUGGUGGAAUGGUUCGUUUCGAUGACAUGCUUUCUCUGUUCUGUGUCGAGAUAUUCAAUACG